AUGCCUCGCACCACAAACGAUCCCGAGGAAUACAUGAUGGCCCUCAAAAAGGUCGUCUACGAAGACCCCAGCACCACCACCCGCGAACUCUUCACAAAGCAUCUAACAGACGUCCCCAUGCCCGGCAGCUUCGUACACGACGACUGGCUCAAACACGCCACUGCACACCAAGUCCUCCUCGAGAAACUGGCCUACCAUCCCGCCAUGGCUCCUAACCUCCAGCAAACCUACAGCACCCCCGCAAAUGAUAAGAACAAUGUUUAUUUUAUGUGGGACUUCGUCGGCCGCACGCUGGGCCAGUUGUUCCGCAUGGAUCCGGAAUUGCCCAAUGGGAUUACGCAGGAGAUGUGGGAUGUUAUCGGGCGGACGACCAUGGCUGCCAAUUUGAUCCUCGACUCGCAGAAGGGGAUGUUAGAUGAGAUGACCGAGUUGCAGUAUCCAGAGCAGAAAGGCAGGCAUCCCGCAUUCGGCGAGGAGAUCCUACAGCUUGCGCGCGACAUGCUGUUGCUCAAGGACGCCGUUGGAGAAGGCUGCGAGGUGUGCGCGCGGAAGACGGCGAGAGAUGGGGCGGGUGGGUUGUUCACGUGCGGGGAGGAGUGGGAGUCUGGGGAUCUGUACGAGCAGAUUCAGAAGGAGGGGGCGUGA